GAAAUUCAAUGUCAUCGAUAUGAAAUAUGUCGAUAUUGUGGUAAAAAAUAAAUACAAUGGCAGUGAGAACGAUUCUUUUAUCUUACGAAACGUAUGAAGUUACGUAAAUUCGUUUGUGUAAAUAUUAAUCCAUCUUUUUCGGAUAGUUGGACUAAAAAAACCAGGUUGUUUGUUACCAAUGUGUAACACAAUGCAUGAAAGAUCAAGAUAUUUUGAUUAAAAGAUCAACACGGAGAUUGUAAGAAAAAAAGAUUUUAAUGAUUGCUGCUACACUGACCGACCAUCUGUUCUAAAUAACGCUAGAUAUCAUGAGACGAAAAUGAGAGAAAAAUCGAAAUAUUUUUCCUAUAAUCAUCUCAAAUGAAAUAAUAUGAAAAUAAUCCCUUUAUCUAAAUACCUGUCAAUUAGUUUUGCAACAUUCGACACCGUUGUGGAAGAAACUCGUAACAUUGUUAACUCGAUCGGAUAGCAUAAUAAUAAUGUAGAUGAAGAAGAAAGAAAAAUUCGAAGGAAUAAACAAGGAAUAAACGGGUAAAAAAAAAAAAUCACCAUGUAUCAAUUACUACAUUUUCGUAGUCGUUCUUUGCGAACUGUUAUCCUGGGAUUGAUUUGUUUGACUUUUUAUGCAUAUUAUCGCACUUAUUACGAUGUCCCUCAAUAUAAUGUAUCACGAAAUGUCAGCCGACUUACAUCUCAGGAAAUUUAUAAGCAACGAUCAAAUGUCACUAUAGAGCUUCGUAUAGGAUCUUUGUCCAAGAAUGAUUCCCCUGAAUUAUCAAUCGUCGACACUUAUAACGUACAAAAUGUCAGUAAUCUUUCAAAUUCUUUGAUUACUACGCAAUCAACAUCUAGCUCUCAGACGACAAACGUAUCGAUUCUUGUUUCCAAGCAAAGCAACGAAAAGUCACAGACACGAGUGGAAAAGAUCAUAAAUGAGACCAAAGAUGUCUCUGUUCCUUCAAAUGAAUGCUCUGCGCGUGCUAUUUAUGAAGCUGGUCAUAUGGUACCAAUUCCAGAAAAAUGCCCAAAUUUUGGUAAAGAAAUGGAUCUGGUAAUCAUAAUAAUGUCUGCACCGACCCAUCUAGAAGCUAGGAUGGCGAUACGACAAACAUGGGGUCAUUUUGGUCAGAGAAGUGAUAUCAGUAUCUUAUUCAUGUUAGGUGCAACUAUGGAUUCCAAAGUGGAAACGAUUUUGAGAAAAGAGCAAAAAACUUACAACGACGUGAUACGCGGAAAAUUUUUAGAUUCCUAUUCCAAUUUGACGCUUAAAACGAUAUCUACUCUUGAAUGGGUGGAUAAUUAUUGUUCCAAAGUUAAAUUUCUUUUAAAGACUGAUGACGAUAUGUUUAUUAAUGUUCCACGUUUGCAAGCUUUUACAAUUAAACAUGCGAGAGAUAAAAACGUAAUAUUUGGAAGAUUGGCUAAAAAAUGGAAACCGAUUAGAAAUAAGAAAAGCAAAUAUUUUGUGUCUCAAGCUCAAUUUAAACAUGCCGUAUUUCCAGACUUUACUACCGGACCAGCAUAUCUCUUAUCCAGUGAUAUUGUGCGUAAAUUAUAUGAUGCUGCAUUGGAUCAAACGUAUCUUAAACUUGAAGAUGUUUUUGUGACUGGUAUAGUAGCGGAUAAAUUGGGAAUAAAAAGGACACACGCUAAUGAAUUUUUAAAUAAAAAGAUUUCAUAUAGUGCGUGUAAUGUUCAACGAGGCAUUAGUAUUCAUAUGGUCAAAUAUAGCGAACAAUUUGAUCUUUGGAAAAAAUUAUUUGAUGGUAAAAGUAAAUGUAAAUGAUAAACAGCGCUUAAAAUAAUAGAUAUUCCAUAUCCUAUUUGCGCGAUACAUCAUUUGAUUCUCGUAUGACGAUCCAUCAAAAUACAUACACCAUUCGACUGUUCUCAGUUAGAUGCAACAAAUAAUAAAUUAAAAAAUUUUUUUCA